AAGUAAUGACGCAGCAUAACAAAGAAUACAUUCAGUUUUUUUAUUUUUAUUUUUAGAGCACUCCUGGUUCACUGGAAGUGUCCCAGUGUCUACGUUUAAGGACUACAAGUCUAUUUUCUUUCCCUCUCUCCUUGUUUCCCAGAAACAAAUGGGACAUCUUAAGGGUAGGGAACAAGAUAAGGUGCAAGGGGAUUUCUCUUUUAUAAGGUGCCUCUAUAGUGCUGUUGGCUUUUAAAAACACUCUUAAGAGUGCACACCAUGUUCUCAAACACAACAAUUAGUAAAGUGGGGGCAAAAUAAGGGACAAGGACAGCUUGAUGCCAACGGUAAAAUGCCAACCUCUCCAAUGAUGGACUGUGUUUCUUUAUCUUGAGCUCAAAAACGGGAGAAGCGUUAAAGGACAAGCUAUAAAAAUGGUUUAGAUUAAGAAAAUACAUUAAAUAAAUAAAUCGCCAACAAGAAUCACUUUACACUCUUUGAUUUUCUUACAGGAUUUUUCACUUCAUUGAUGAUGAUGUACAGUCAGUCAGUUAUCGGCCAAACUGUAGACGAUAUGUCAGCUUUCAGUGAUGUGUUUGAUGAAGGGCACGCUGCGACUUGAAUCAAACCAGGCUAUGUUAACAUCGUGAGAAGAUGACAUCAAGGACGUCGCCUUUUUGGCACAGUUUCCAAGUCAAUAAAUCGUAAGACCCGGGGAAAGCCUCCCGAGUCGUUUCAUAUUGACUGCAGAUCAGUUUGUUUAACUCCUGAUUACUAAUCACAUCUCGCUCAGAGUCAACCCCCAAUGAUCUAGGGCUCUUAUCCUGACAGCUACGGCUAUUUGUACGCUGAUGCAUCAUCCAGUUACAAAUAAUGAAAGCUGAACUGGGGUUUGGACUGAAAUGCUCUUGAGUCCUUGUGUUUGUUUGAGGCCGUCACUUUUUCAGUAUGCAGCCUGGGCUUUACAGUAUUUCUUGAAUUUAUGGGAAAUGUAUUCACACUAUUCUUAACCCCAUAAAACACACUGACAUGUUGACAGUGUGCCUUUGACAAGCAUAUUUUGUUAGAUUCUGAUGUUUAUUCAUGAAAAUGAUGAUUAAGUAAAGUUUCUUUUUUUAUUUUUAUUUUUUUACCAAAAUGUCAAAGAUACUUCAACAUUCAUUAGCUUUGAAAACUGUGUGUUUAAGCCAUGCUAUAUAUCAUCCCAUGGUCAAAACAAGGUUGAGUAAACUAAUGACAUGCAUUGGCAACUAAACACGUACAAAACUUUAAGUGUGUAUUUUGAUUUUUAUGGCUUCUAAACAAAUUAUAAUUGAAAAUAAUCAUAUUUUACAGCGGAUGUUUGUGCAGGGAUUCCUUGCUGCACCAUGUGUCGCCUCUUGAACAUCUUCCUGGCUCUGCUGAGUCGCUUCCUGUUCGCCGCCCAUGGAGUUGUUACGGUGUGGCAAGUGGUGACCGUCAAAGGGGAGCCCAUGUACUGGCUGCUGUUUUCAGGUUCUCCCCUAUGGUUUUCCUCUACCUCAGUACUGUCAUCCCAUCCAUUUGGUUUCUGGAGCUGAGCCUAUUACAGUCCAAGUUGCCCCUCAACGCUUCCUCCGGCCAUGAGCCUCGUUCGCUGGCCCACAUCCCCAUCGCAGUGGGCAUUGAGGAACUUGAACCGGAGAACUGGGUGGCUGGACUGGAGCAGACCAUGCUUAUUGUCCUGGUUCUGGGGCGCUGGCUGAUGCCCAAAGGGGACAUGUCUCGGGACCAGCUCUCUCAGCUCCUCAUGGUAUAUGUUGGACUGGGUGCUGAUAUCCUAGACAUCUUUGAUACUUUCAAGGAACCUGAAGUCAAAGGCAAUCAGGUGGUUGUCAUCGUUGGCCUUGCCCUCUUCUCUUGGGCACUCAUGCAGUUUCCACUGGUUCUCACCCAGACGCCAGCCUCACAGGGUGACGUUCCUAGGAGCUGGAAUAGCCUCCCUUGCUGUCGUCGACCCUCAUCGUCAUUACCUUCUUGCUGCUCCAACGAAAUAUGGAGUCUGUUGCUUACUGUGGGACUCCAAGACGCACCGUUCCUGGUUUAUCGUCUAUACCUCAUGAUAAAAGAGCAAGUCCAGAACCAGGUGAUGAUUUUCUUCACCUGCAAGAACAUACUUAUUGUCCUUUUGGAGCUUUACAGAAUCUUCGUGGUGCAGUUUGAACAGCAGGUGCAGGAGUCAGUGCUGGAAAGAUGCGACGCCCUGGCAACCUAUUGUCAAACCCUCGGAGGCAGUGAGGUAGAGGAGGCUGAAGAAGGAAGGCGUAAACUGGGGUGUAGUGUAGAGCAGAGGCGUUGUACGGACAUGGAGCUGGGACUCGAAGGAGAGGGAGAUCAUGGAGUGUCUACGUAAUGAAAGAGCAGCGUCGCGAGACAUAACUUUGAAACCCUUGGGAGACAGGAAUGGGGCUCCUCUCACUUGUCAAGACGAACGCUGAAUGUGUCAACCAUCCCUUGCAUCUCAGCCUCGUUCUGAGACAGUCUCAGCUCUCAGGAGGUUCGGGAACAAAAUAUAGAACACAAAAGAAGAGUCUGUCCCCACAAAGGCAGAUCAGACAGGAUUUCUUGCUGCUCUCUUUGAUAAAACCAAAGAAAACUCUCAUACAGGAAAAAAAGAUGGUGUCAACACUCUGACCCAAGAGAUGUUAGCUUCUCAUUCACAUAAAGCAGCUAGUAAUGACAACACAGCAGUCCUCUGCUUUGCAUUCAACUUGUUUUAGCUGCACUGGAAACAGAAAGAUUUGAUUAAGGUCUGUGUGAGCAUUCGUGAUGGUUUUCACUAUCAAAUAAAAAAAAAAAAAUCAAUAUG